GAUGCUGACUUAUGGAAGGAAGCAGUAAGGAGUGAGAUGGAAUCUAUUAUGUCUAAUGGAACUUGGGAGGUCGUUAACCGUCCUUAUGGUUGUCAACCUAUAGGUUGCAAAUGGAUCUUCAAGAAAAAGCUUAGGCCUGAUGGUACAAUCGAGAGGUACAAGGCAAGGCUUGUGGCCAAAGGAUAUACCCAAAAUAAGACAACUUUCCUAAAUGGAGAGUUGGAUGAGGAGAUCUAUAUGGAUCAGCCAGAAGGGUUCAUUUCGCCUAAGGUCGAGCAGCGGAGGAACCCGGCGCUCAGGGGACAGCCAACCGUCGUGGUGCAGUACAAUGGCUGGAAAGGCGGCGGCUUGAUUGCCGUCAGCUACGAGGCUCGUGGAUUUGGUGUGAAGAGGUCCAUGCGCGGAGAUGAGGCCAAGAGGGUCUGUCCUGGUAUUAAUCUUGUUCAGGUCCCAGUGGCGCGUGGCAAGGCUAACCUUAAUCUUUACAGAAGUGCUGGUGCUGAGGUUGUUGCAAUCCUUGCAAGCAAAGGGAAGUGCGAGCGGGCAUCCAUCGACGAAGUUUAUCUUGACCUUACUGAUGCAGCAAAGGAAAUGCUCUUACAAGCUCCCCCAGAUUCACCAGAGGGGAUUUUUAUGGAGGCGACAAAGUCAAAUAUCUUGGGCCUUCCGGCUGAUGCCAGCGAGAAGGAAAAGAAUGUGAGGGCAUGGCUUUGUCAAUCAGAAGCUGAUUACCAGGACAAGUUACUGGCAUGUGGAGCUAUAAUUGUUGCACAGUUACGAGUCAGAGUUCUGGAGGAAACCCAAUUCACAUGCUCUGCUGGGAUUGCUCACAAUAAGAUGUUAGCUAAACUUGUCAGUGGAAUGUACAAGCCUGCUCAGCAAACAGUUGUCCCUUCUUCAUCAGUUCAAGACUUACUAGCAUCACUACCUGUGAAAAAGAUGAAACAACUUGGUGGUAAGCUUGGAAGUUCCUUGCAGGAUGAUCUUGGGGUUGAGACAAUUGGUGAUCUCCUAAGUUUUACAGAGGAAAAAUUACAAGAGCAGUAUGGAGUAAAUACUGGGUUUGACCAUAUAAUAUAUCUCCCUACUACUAUAUAAGCAUGGUGUGUAAUGGGUUUGGAAAAGGUUCUGGACGGACACAUGGUCAAAGUCUGCAAUGAUCAGUACAGUUUGACUGACAAAUAUACUGAUGGUUGGCUGUCUUCAGAUUGUAGAACAACUCUUUUUAAAUAAACACCUCAAGGAGUAAAGCUGACACCCAU